AUGGUAUCGAGCGAGACGAACCGACCUUUGUCACGAUGUGCUUUAAUACGCAGGCGAUUGCUGUUGUUUCUUCAGUCCCAUGCAUUGAUGUACUCUUUCAUGUGGUCUGAAUCCGCCAAAAAGUCUUUGCUGAACGAAGUAUUCUCUGCACUUUUGGGUUAUGACCACACUUUAUGGCAAGCUUUCUUGUCAGAAAAGCCCGUCAUUGGACCUUCUUUUAAGCUACGUUACGCUCAAGGACAUAGAGAAGGCGAUGAAUAUCGUCCUGGUAUAUGCGGCCUUUCCUGUGGUCGUAUAUUCAAGAAAGGUGAGGUCUUUUAUCGGUGCAAAACCUGCAGCAUUGACAGUAACUCUGCCCUUUGCGUGAAAUGCUUCCGAGCUACAAAUCAUCAUGGGCACGAAACCUCCUUUACGAUUAGUGCUGGAAGCGGAGGCUGCUGCGAUUGCGGAAAUCCCAGUGCUUGGAUUCGCGAUAUGCCGUGUAAGAUCCACAAUUCGUCACAAAACGUAGGUGAAACACAAAGUGAUAUUCAAACAAUUGAUGAAAAACUUGCCUUAAGUAUUAAGACAACGAUCGAAUGCGUACUGGAUUUUAUUCUUGACGUAUUCCACUGUAGUCCCGAAAAUUUGAAAAAAAUGCCUACUUAUGAAUCGAUUAUUGAGGACGAACACUCUAGUCGGUUGAGCGAGGACAAGUAUGGUGAUAUUGAUGAUUCAUGCAAUUUAUACUCUUUAAUGCUUUGGAAUGAUGAGAAACAUUCCUUCAAGCAAUUUUAUGAACAAAUUACCAUUGCGUUCGAUGCACCCAGCGAUUCAUUUGGACAAAGAUUAUCGAAUAUAAUAAAUGACACUGGAAGAGCUUGCGUGGUGACAGAUUCAAAUAUAAAAGAAUUAUUAAGAAUUGGUCAUAAACUUGCUCAGAUAAAUUUGACUGUAACUAUACGGUCUAUGAGGGACACAUUUCGUGAGGAAUGCUGCGGAGUUUUAGUGGAAUGGCUUGCUGAUAUUGCUGGAAGCAAAGUAUGCGGUGAUGGAAGAUAUUUCAGAACUGUUAUCUGCCAAGAACUUUUACGACCUUGGGUGUGUGGAUUACAAUCAAGUAUUCACUCAUUAAAAUCCCCUUCUUACGCUGAAUCCAAAAUAGUCGCCAUUGAUAAUCCAGAUGCCUUCCUUAGUGAAACUCAUGAUCGGUCAGUGCAGAUGCUAUUACAAUCUGCUUUAGAAAAUUCUGAUGAGAAUGAAUUAGAUGCUGAUGCAUUUCAUUUUACUUCUCAUUGGACACCUUCUUAUGUAAAAAAGGGCAAGCAUGAAGUGUUAUCGCAAACUCGUUUUGAUUACUUUUUUUUGUAUGACUUGAAGCUUUGGAAGAGCUUGAGAUAUAAAUUGCAAGAACUUUACUUGGGUUAUUUCAUUAACGUGCCUGGAUUUAAAGAGAUUAUGGGAGCCCGUAUUGCUAUCUUAUAUCGGAGGCUGGCCGAACUAUUUCUGCUUUUAGACAGAGAACCUGAGCAUUCUGUUAUAUUUUUUUCGAUGCAGAUCUUCACUGUUUUUGGAAUAGCAAAAGUGUUAAUAAGCGACUUUGAUUUUUUGACAACUGUAAACGCAACUCUUUAUACUUUUUUUACUUAUAAGGUGUUGUCUGCUCCAAACUUUGUUGAUGAUCAAGCUAUUAUACGAGUUGAUUCUGCAGCAUUUCAUUCUCGUAGGUAUAUUCAUAUCUUUCAUCACAUACAGUUUAUGUUGGGGAUUGAUUGUGUUGCUGAAGCAGUUCGCGAAGACCAUCGCUUUUUGAGGCAGUAUGUUGACUUUUUCUCACUUUUUCAAGGUAUGAGUCCUUAUACGCGUGCAAUUUCACAGCAUGUUGAAUGGGAAAGCGAUUCGUGGAUGUACGUUUUGAACGUCAGUUUGCAAGUAGCAAAACUCUGUAGACAUGUUGGAAAUGUAUUUUCCUGCUUAGAUCCCGAUAAACUGAAAGUUGCGAUUGAUUAUUUAAAUCAAACUAUAAUACAACCUAGAAACCGUCCUGCUGAUUCAUGGAGUAACACUGAAUCAUCAACAACUGGGACGUGGAAAGACACGAAUGGAAUGAUUCACUUGGUCGAGUAUGACAUUGGUGCCCAACCUAUUUCAUUCCACCAUCCCUUGCAUUGGUUAUUAACUUAUCUAUUAGCCUUUCAUAUGCGGAAGGUUGGUUAUGAAAAAGCCUGGUGUGAAAGCGAUCUUUUACGAGUCGUGGAUCACCCUUUGAGAGUUUGCGCUUGGCUUGCCCAAAUGCGCUCGAAACUGUGGAUAAGAAAUGGAACCACACUUCGUGAUCAAGCUCAUCACUACAGAAAUUUAAGUUUUCAUGAAUAUACAUUCGAUUUGGAUCUUACCUUACUACAACUUGUUUUGGUAUACGGUAACCCGAAUGUCGUUCUUCCCAUAUACUCAGAAAGAUACCAACUCAGUGACCAAUUUAUAGGUAAUUACUUCGCCCGGCAUAAGCACUACGAUGUGCCUCAAUUAUCAAGCAUGUUUGAAGAGUUUAUGCUUUUGCUUAUAUCUUUAGUUAGCCAUACAGCUAUUUUGGACGACUGGAGUAUGCGCGAUAGCAUAAAGUAUGAAAUUGCACAUCUACUUUGCUUUCAGUCCUUGUCGUAUUCUGAAAUAAGCAAACGCGUUUGCGAACAUUUCUUAGAUGAAAGAGAUUUUGAAAAGACCUUACAUGAGAUAACACAUUUUCGACCAGCCGAAGGCAUAAAUGACACUGGAACUUUUGCUUUAAAGGAUGAAUACUUUAACCUAAUAGAUCCCUUUAGUGUUCAUUAUUCCCGAAACCAACGUGAAGAAGCCGAAAUAAUACUUCGGAAAAAGUAUGCAAAAAGGCACGAUAAACAGCUGGAUGAUGUGGUAUAUGAAGCUUAUCAUCCUAUAAUUACAUCUACAAAAACACUUCACGUCCUUCAAAGUGAUGCUUUUCUGGCGACUUUAUGGCAUUCUGUAAAUUACUGUUACUUGUACCCAUCUGAUCGAGGUAAAUGUGAAGGUCUUUUGUUGGCAACUUUGCAUGCUUGUUUAAUUGCCUUAAAUGCGGAAAAGAACGGCGAACCAAGAUUUGCUUUGAAAUUUUGCGAAACGAAAUUUCCGGUAGUUAGAGGGCUCGAUCAAUCUUGCAACAGUUCAGAUGUGUCUUUGUUUACAGUGUUGUAUCAGAUAAAAGAUCAUACUGAGUUUGCUUUCGCAAGAAAAAAGUUGAACUAUUUGUUCUCUAUCUUAAAAGAGCGAAUCCCUUCAUGCUAUGAAAAGUUAUAUCGGGAGACAUUAACGGUCUCUUCUUCUAAAGUUGCUCAGUCAUUAUCGGAAGCCGAAGAAGCAGAGCAACGUCAAGGAAAGAUUCGUUUAGCUAAAGAACGACAACGACGUAUUAUGGAACAGUUUCGUUUACAACAAAACAAGUUUUUAGAAAAUAAUACGGACUUUGAAUUGUCUGAUGCAGAAAUGGACGACGCUGAUACCUCCUCAAUUACAAGUUCACUCAGUACAAGGUUGUUUUUGGAACCUCCAGUCGAAUCUUGUUUGCUGUGUCAAGAGGAACUUAGGGAUAAGCGACCUUAUGGUACACUCGCAUUCAUUCAAAGGAGUUCUAUACUUCGGUACUUGCCUUCCGCUGAUCUUGCUAAUUUACAGGAGAUAUAUGAUUUACCCGUCAAUUUAGACCAGACACUGUCAUCUCGUCCCUUUGGUAUGGCAGCUCACAAUAAGCAUAAUUUGGACGCUGUCGACAACUAUCAGUCCUAUACUUCAGAUAAAUCCUAUUCAGAAUUUGAAGGCGUCGAUGAUUUAGAAUCAAAAGAUAUUUUGAAAGGAUUUCCUUCGGAUUCUUUGGACCGAGGAUUGUACGCUAAUAGUUGUGGACAUUUAAUGCACAUUGAUUGCUUUAAAAAUCUAAUGACUACUGUAACAUCAACUACCCGAUCAAACCCUUAUCGAAAUCAUCCCCACAAUCUAAGCAUGAAAGAGUUUCUGUGUCCACUAUGCAAGGGUCUUUGCAACACGAUUUUGCCUUUUCUUUGGAGGCCAAAGGAAGAAUUGAAUUCUUCUGAAGUCAAAACUAAUGAUUGCGCCUUGACAUCAUGGUUAUUUCCUGCUCCUGUCCCUAAUGAAUUGAUGUCAACAAACCAAUUGUACUCAUCAGCCGAUACCAGUGCUCAAAGUAUUGGUCCAUACAAUCCCAACUUUUUGGACGUCUUGCAGAAUACAUUCAAAGAUUCAUUGAAGGACGUGUAUACCCUUAACGCUGGGAACAAAUCUACAGAAGACCUAACAUCAAAUUCGGACAGCUAUCUGAGUAUAGCAGAUUCUUCAUCUUUUAAAUCAAUUCCAAGUGAAAGAAAGUCUUUGGAAGAUCGCUUAGUUGUUUCUGAAGACAUAUUUGAAUUAUAUCGUCGAUUAAAUGAAGUAGUGGAUUUAAACUCUUCCCUUUACUCGAGUGAGUAUCUUCCUUUAAACGGUAAAAUAACGAAUGUCUUGAAGCUCUUUUCUUACACAUUAGCCCAAGUCGAAUUAUCUGCCCGAGGAAACGUAAAAGCAGCCAACAAUGCUUUGCCGGACGUUUGGCUUUACAAUAUCAGUAAAAAGCAACAAGUCUUUUUACGAGUCUUAUCAGAGACAGUUAAAACGUACACGCUUUUGUGUGCUCAUGACUCCGAAAAAAGCAUAGAUGGCUCGAUGCAGGAAUACGAGCUAAUAAACUACUGCCAACAAAAAAGAUUAUUUGGAAAAGUUUUUCAUUCAUUGGAGUUUCCUCUAACGAAUGCAAUAAGUGAUGAUAGAAUUGAACCUCUACUAGAAAAGGAUCCAUUUCGUGAAUUCGCAGAAGCAAGUGUUUCUGGCCUUGUGAUGUGUGAAGAGUCAUUUCAUGUUUUGACUCAGCUGUAUUAUUUGUCUGACAUUGUCAAAAACUUGUGGGUUUUACUUAGAAGCAAAGCAGCUUUGGUGCAGCUUAUGCAUGACCAAUCUAUUGAAAUGUUGGAUUCGAGCAGGCUUGAAGGAUUUCAAUCACUGGUAUUUCGCAUUUGGCAAUUGAGUGGUUUGGCUAACCAUUCAAAUAAUCCCGAGUAUUUUAACAUCCAUGAUUUAUACGAUUGUCGAACUUUGUCUCUUCUUUACCAUUUUAUGGAAAGAUUCGAGCUUGUUUUCCUAAGGAAGUCUGCUUUGCUGUGGUACUGUCGUUAUGGUGUAUCUUUUGAGGGUCAAACAAUAAAAGACGGUGCAGCAACAUGUGAGUUAAAACGUUUAGAAAGUCGACUUCAGCUGGAUAACUUAGAGACAUUGGCAAGUAAAUUACUGAAUACGAAUGAUUCCCGGGAAUGGUCGAUUGUGGAAUAUUGGUGUAGAUCCCUUGCACUUAAUGACAGUUUAUGCGAGUCUCCACGUUUAUACAGUCCUUGCAUUCCCGAAUUGGUUUCCUUACCCUUUGAGCACGAUAAAUUAUUUGAGCUUCUUUUGGGGAAAAAAUGUUCCAAGUGUCUUUCGGAACCACUAGAGCCAGCUAUCUGUCUAUUUUGUGGACAAUUUUUAUGUUUUCAAAGCCAUUGUUGUGCAUUUAAUGGUAUUGGUGAAUGCAAUUUACAUAUACAACAAUGCGCCGGGGACGUUGGGAUCUUUUUUAUUGCCAAGAGAUGUGCGAUAUUAUAUUUAAAUCCACCACUUGGCAGCUUUGCGGUGGCCCCUUUUCUGGACACUUAUGGUGAACCAGAUCUUGGUUUACGGCGAGGUCGUUCUCAAUAUUUGUCCCAAAAACGGUAUGAUGAAAGUGUUAGGAAUACAUGGUUAAAUGGGUUUGUACCUUCUUUCAUUGCAAGGAAGCUGGACGGUGUGAAUGAUACUGGAGGCUGGGAAACUCUUUAA